AUGCAGAUAAAGAAGAUGAAGGAUAUCGGACAGCAGUUAUAUACCACACAAGUGAACGACGCACAGAAUUCCUUGACCAUGUCACCCAAACAGCCUAAUGCUAAUAGAGCGACUCGACCAGACAGACAAGAAGCGCAGGCUCUGUUAUGUCAAGGCUCAGAGGCGGAGGCUGCCGUGAUGACGGUUGCUACGUGUGUAAAGUGCAAAAGUGUCCACAGAAUCCCACUUCGAGAUCCGAAGAAGGGUACUGGGCAAAGCCAAAAGGACGACAAGUAUGUUUGCUUCACAUGCAACCUUGGCAUGGCUUCUUCCCAUUUUCAUUUUGUGAACAGUAAUCCCAGUGCAGCUCAUGUAGGAAAUAAAGCUGAGACCAUCUCAGGUUCCGUCAGUAACAAAUUUAAGGUAAGGAACUUUAAGCCCGGCAAAUACUAUUGUGAUAAAUGUCGAUUUUCCACAAAGGACCCUCUGCAGUACAAAAAGCACACGCUUCAACAUGAAGAGAUUAAAUUCAUCUGUUCUCACUGCAGCUACAUUUCCUACACAAAAGGGGAGUUUCAGAGGCACUUGGUGAAACACACGGGCAUAUUCCCUUACCAGUGUGAGUACUGCGACUAUGGCGCUAUCAGAAACGACUACAUCGUCAAACACAGGAGGAGAGUGCACGAGAGGGCCGGUGGAAAGCGGCCGCCCAAAACCGUAGCCAAGCUGGAGCCGAAAAGAGCCGGCGCAUCCAAACAAAACGCAGAGCUUUUAAAAGCUCCCAGUCCGAGGACUGCGUUUCAAAAUCGGUUGUCGGAUCAACUCUCAAGGUUCUCCCUCCAUACAAAUAAGGACAAAAUGCACAAUAUCAUGUUGCUGCCUGAAUCCAAGGAACACCAGAAAGAUGUAGUGUGUGUUCCGAAUAAAGUGACCUUGUCGGAGCCAAACGAGGUCAGUCUGUUUGAGAACAAAAGCGUGGAGGUGGAAGUGCUGUCCCCUGCAAAAGAGCCCGUGCAGCCGGGAAUGCCCUUAACAGUCGUGGCUCCGGCGGAAUUAGUUGUCCCUGCAAACUGUCUAGCCCAGUUGAUGGAUGUGAAGGUUGUCAAUGGAACCCAGCAGCUCGUCCUGAAACUGUUUCCUCUGGAAGAAGGUAACCGCCCUGAAGCCAGCGGGGCUGAGGGAGGGAGUUCUGAGCGUGUGACUAGCGAAAAGGGUUCAACCGAACGGGAAAAAAUGGCUUCUGCAGGACAUACAAAGCCACCGCCAAUUGAAGGGAAUGUCGGAAAACUCGCAGGCUUUGAUAAUCUCCAUUCUGCGGUUCAGAAACAACUUAAAAAUAUGAAGUGGGUGAGGUCUUACGACUUUUUCCUGUCAGAUUCUCGUGUGCACAACCGUGGGGAAUCCCUCCUCAACCCAGAUACAGUGGAGGAUUUCCAGAAAAAAAGUAGCAUGUAUCCACAUAGACCGGCCCUUCCGUCUCUCUCCUUCAAAGGUCAUUCUCCAUCAGCUAUAGUAAAACACAGUGUUUUACAUGGUCUCAGAACCGCAUCAAGCCCGUUUCCACAUAAAGCUGCUGUUUCUUUUACUGAGGAUAGAAGACAUUUACACGGCGACUCACACUCGUUCUUCCCUCUUGCUGCACCACCUGCAGCUGUGCCCUCUGGAGACCAGGGCUUGUUGCCUGUGAGCACAAAUCACUUGGAAUCUAGAAAUGAGAUUAGUGUUCCUGCAAAAAUGGCUCCCUCCCACAGGAAGCUGAAGGACAAGCAGACAGAGGAACACAAGGCAGGUUCAAAUACAGGCCAGAUUGCCUCUCAACGCAAAAGGGAGUAUUUACACCUAAGUAUACCUGGAGAAGAUAGCAUCAGGGCUCUGCCGCCUGGGGAGGAACCCCUGGAACUAAAGAAUCCAGAAAGGACUAAAGACUCUUUCGAUGGCCCGGUCAUCUCGUCAGUAUUUUCUCUGAGCUCUGGGUCCGAAAAUGUCCCUGAAGGUGUUAAAUGGAAUAGUUCCACGUCCAAAAUAAAGUCAAUUGAACUCUUGCGCAGAAAGAUAGCUCAGUUAAUUGAAUCCUGUGGCAAGCCUUCAUCUUUGUCUGCAAAUAAUGCACAUCGCCGUUCUGUAGGGCAGGCCUCGAAGGGAACCUCGAAAGCUGCUCCUGAAGGUAUUCACGAAAUUAACGUGUCGUUUACUGGCACCGGCUAUUCCACAGGCACGCUCCCCAAACCUCAGGAUGACGGCGCUAUUAAUGGACAGCUUACUCAUCAGCAAAUGUAUCCACAGUUUAUGGAAGACAGCAAUGGGAAAACUGAAAGCAGAGUGACCAGGAAGGCCCAUGUUGCUACUCCAGUAUUGAUCCCCAAAGGGGCUGUGUUGAGGGUUCUUAAUUCUUCUGAGGAUGCCCACAUUAUAGAGGCUACAUGUGAAGCACCCGUCAGUAUACCUUGCAGUGAGACACAGUUAAUAAAACCCAUUCCGCUCUGCCCGGUGAGACAGACAGACUCAGACUUACAGUCUUUGACAAGUAAAAGUGGGCCAGUAGAUGUGUCCCAAAAUCUUGAUAUACCUCUUCGGCCAAAACCAAGGAAAGAGAGUGCUACUUGUAGCACCAUGCCUAAAAAAACUGGCCCCCUACACAGUCACCAAGGAAGCAGUGAACCAAGUAAGCAAGGGAAACUGCUCCCCAGAAGUCUUCCUAUAAGUAAAAAUAAAACCAAACAAGUGAACUCAUCCAAGAAGAAAACCAAAAUCCAGGCUGACCCCAGCCGCUAUCUCAAGGAUCCUUCAAUUUUUCAGGUCACAAGACAACUUCGACUGAUAGCAGCUAAACCAGACCAGUUGAUUAAAUGCCCCCGUCGGAACCAGCCUGUCAUUGUGUUAAACCAUCCUGACGUUGACUCACCAGAAGUGACCAAUGUGAUGAAGGUAAUAAACAAGUACAAAGGCAACGUCCUCAAAGUCGUCUUAUCAGAGAGGACUAGGUGUCAGCUAGGCAUCAGACGGCAUCACGUCCGCCUGACCUACCAGAAUGUGGAGGAAGCCAAUCAAAUAAAAAGGCAAAUGAUGUUGAAAAUGAAACUUAAAAAAGUUCAUAAAAACAACUACCAGGUGGUGGAUUCCUUGCCUGAUGACUCAUCCCAGUGUAUAUUUAAGUGCUGGUUUUGUGGGCGGCUGUAUGAAGACCAGGAAGAGUGGAUGAGUCAUGGCCAACGGCAUUUGAUAGAAGCUACUAGAGAUUGGGAUGUUCUUUCCUCCAAAGGCAAAUAA